UGUACCGUGAAGAGGAGAAGGACAGCAACGGCAGCGCAGCGAAGGGAGCAGCAGUGCGCUGGUGAAAAAAAGACAGCGAAAGGAAAAAAAAUAACAAUGAAAAGGACGCACGAACGCUUUGCAGUUCACCAGUAACUAAAUUAGUCUUUUAAAAUUGAAGUCAAUGACGUAGAAUCGUCUACGCAAGUGCUUUAAAGGUUAGCAGCUGGCUAAAGCGAGAUAGGGCUGUGUCAUUGAGAAGGCAGGACACGUCAAGACGAGGAAGGGAGAAAAAAAUAGACACUGCUGUCGGAUUAAAGAUCCCCACUUCAUAAUAUCAGAUCACCAGUCUUAUUCGAGCUUCUGCGUUAGUUUGCGUUGUGGUAAUAUCUGGAACGAGUGUCUGCCCUCAGUCAUCGCUCGGAUCAGCUACUAAGGGCAUAGGAAGCAAGAAUAACUGUUGGGACCAAGGUAAACUGGAGAACAUAAAUGGGGGAUUACGGGUUUGGAGUCUUAGUGCAGAACAACACUGGCAACAAGUCUGCUUUCCCAGUACGAAUCCACCCUCACCUACAACCGCCACAUCACCACCCCAAUGCAACCGCCAGCCCCGCCGCUUUCAUAAACAGCACCCCGGCUGGGAAUGGCAGCAGCAGCGCUUCAACCUGGCUGUUCCCAGCAGCUGGAGGUCACAACAACAUGCAAGAUGAAAUUUUGGGCUCGGAUAAGGCCAAAGUACAGCAGCAGGAGCUGCAGGAGACCCAAGACAAACAGCAGCAGCAGCAGCUCUCGCCUGGACAUCAGGAGAGCACCAUCAUCUCUGAACUGGAAAAGGCUCGUGCCGAAGAAGGUAAAGUGGAGAGUGGGUCAUCUGACGGGACCAAUGGCAAGGAGAAGCUGCGUUUGGAGUCGCCAGUGCUGACACCCUUUGACUAUCAGGAGCCCUCGGGACUGGGCACAGCAGCCCAGUCCAGCACCUCCUCCUCCCUGACCAGCUUCAACAACUGGUCGGCUGCUAUUCCCGCCACCCCCUCCACCAUUAUCAACGAGGACAUCAGCUUCUUCAACCCGGCUGCCUCAGCCAACAAUGGCCCUCUACUGUUCCAGAACUUCUCCCAUCACGUCAGCCCAGGCUUCGGUGGCAACUUCUCGCCUCAAAUCGGUCCCAUCUCCCAGCACCACCCACCCCACCCCCACUUCCAGCACCCUCACAGUCAGCACCAGCAGCAUCGCCGUUCUCCUGCCAGUCCCCAUCCACCACCGUUCCCCCACCGUAGCGCCCCCUUUGGCCAGCUGCCGCAUCUCUCUAACAACCUGAGCAAGCCUCCCUCACCUUGGGGCAGCUACCAGAGCCCCUCGCCCUCUCCUUCUUCAACAUCCUGGAGCCCAGGUGGGGGUUAUGGUGGUUGGGGCGGCUCUCAGGGCCGCGAGUACCGCCGAGGCCUGAACGGGGGCAUGACACCACUCAACUCCAUCUCUCCGCUCAAGAAGACCUUUCCAAACAACCACAUGCCCCAGCAGAAAUACUCCCGCGCCAGUCCCGGCUUUAAUCCUAAAUCCUGGAUGGAUGACAGGAGCGAGAACAUCUUCCCAUUCCAGGAUCGUCCCCGCUCAUUCGAUGGCUUCAACAUGCAUUCUCUGGAGAACUCUCUGAUUGACAUCAUGAGGGCUGAGCAAGACACUCUGAAAGGUAAGAUAAGAGUCCACCAAACAAGCUCGCAUCUCAAAGUACUGUAUUGAUGGCCAGAAACCUUU